AUGGAACUGAAGAACCAGUCAGCAGUUCAAGAUUUUAUUUUGCUCGGCUUAUCCAGCUCCCCUGAACAUCAGAAAAUCAUAUUUUGGGGAUUCACUUUAAUCUAUGCAACUGCUUUGUCAGCCAACUUCCUCUUCAUCUUCACUUUAAGCACUUGCCGCAAACUCCACACCCCCAUGUAUUUCCUGCUCAUCCAUUUGUCCAUAGCAAACAUGUUUUGUAUCUCGGUGACAAUUCCCAAGAUGCUCCAGACUACUUUGGCCUCCAGGAAGACCAUCUCAUUUUCCGGCUGCAUAGCCCAGGUCUACUUUUUCUUGUGGGCUCUGGGAACAGAGAUAUUGCUGCUUUCCUUUAUGGCCUUUGAUCGCUUCAUCGCCAUCUGCCAUCCUUUGCAGUACACAGUCAUCAUGAGGAGGGAAGUGUACAUCGGGGUGGUGGCUGGAGUGUGGGUGGCGGGGAUGAUCAAUUCUGCCGUUCACACGGGGCUUGUGCUUCGCCUUUCCUUCUGUGACUCCAACAUCAUCAACCACUUCUUCUGUAACUUGCCUCCUUUGCUGAUGUUGUCUUGCUCAGACACCUUCAAGAAUGAAGUGGCAGUUGCUACGGUAACUGUGUUCUUUAUCCUGGUUCCAUUUUUGCUCAUCCUGUUGUCAUACAUGCUCAUCAUCGCCACCAUCCUAAAGAUGCCUUCAGCCAAGAACAGACACAAAGCCUUCUCCACCUGCUCCUCACAUCUCAUUGUCGUUUCUCUUUUCUAUGGAACUGUCACUUUCACCUACGUUCGACCCAAAUCAGUCUAUUCCCUAGACAGCGACAGGAUCCUCUCUCUCCUCUACACAGUAGUGACACCAUCAUUCAACCCAAUUAUUUACAGCCUGAGGAACAAAGAGAUAAAAGCUGCUUUCAAGAAAUCAAUAGCAAGGAAGGAAGGUCUUCCUUAG